AUGUAUCUGAUACGAAUUGGUCGAGCCGAAUUUACUGGAGACUUCCGGUCAGGGACGAAGCACGAUGAUCCGCAGGAGCGUAAAAGCAAAUUGGGAAGUGUUUAUUCUUUUGGUCAGAAUAGGGUGCUUCAAUUGAUACUUAACAAUCUUAGUACGGUCACUGGUGGAUUUGCGUGGUUCCCCCGUCCUGCAAAGGAAAAGGACAAAAAGGCACCGCCUGUAAAAUUCUAUUUCGCCGAUACUGUGAAAAAUGAAAUCGUACUCUAUGAUGCUCUGCAAAAUCGUUAUCAAGCAAUUAAAAACCCACAAAAACUGUUCAGCUUGCCACACCAUGGCCUAAACGGCAAUCCGGGUCGUACCGCAAUUGAUGAUAAAGGCUGUCUCUGGGUGCCUCUUAUUGGAGGGUAUGGAGUCAUUGAAUUUGAUCCUGUUACGAAAGAGACUGAUCGACUUAUUAGCUUACCCGCAGCCAAAGUCGGCGAAUGCACUUUCGGAGGCCCUGACAUGGAUAUUUUAUAUGUAUCAACAAUAGGAUAUGAAUACAAAAUAUCUCGGGAAUAUCGGACAAAGGCCGAUCUAGGUGGUUAUAUUUUCGCGAUUCGCGGCCUUCAAGUGAGGGAAAUACCCACAAGAGAGUUCAACGUGAUUCCUACUGGACUACCCGAUGCAAUAAGAAGGUCUCGUGAAAACACUGAUAGGGAAAGGCUCCGGGCCGCUCAUCGUAAGAGUGGCAGCAGCAGAGCCGCCAAAGCUGCCAGAGUCGAAAUAUAG